AUGCAGAUCCGCCUCCCAAGUCCUAGCAGGACACACGAGCAUCACCGCCCGCCCAAUCCGACGACCACACGACCGAGGACUCGCCGCCCCCUCUGGACGCCGGAACCCCUCGACCAAACUCCCGGCUUCCCCUUCGACUCCAGCGAGUCACCACCAGCCCAGACCGAGCAGAACAGCCAGUCGAGUAACCGAACUGAACCACCCCCCUCGACAAACCGAGAAGCCAUGCUCAAGCUCGCCCGCCGCACGGCCAUGGCCGAGCGGCAGGCCGCCCGCCGCGCCGCCCGCAAGCAGGCCGUCGAGGACAAGUCGGCCAAGUGGACGCGCAUCCACCAGGAGGCCCGCAUCGCCCGGGACCUGCGCGGCGAGCGCGCCGCCGCCCGCGUCGCCCGCCGCGAGGACUGGGAGCAGGGCCCGCUCGCGCCCAGGCGCAACAGCGCCGCCGGCGACGGCCGCAGCAGCGCCCAGGGCCUGUACUACGGGUCCAUCGGCCCCGAGAGGCUCAAGCCCGAGAGCAGGCUGCGCGACUUUGAGGCCGAGGCCCGCUGCGCCUGGGCCGGCGGCACCAAGCACCUGUGCCUCGCCGUCGGCGACCGCGCCGUCGUGCUCGAGGGCCCCGAGAAGGGGCGCAUCGGCACCGUGAAGGAGGUCAAUGCCGAGAAGGGGUGGGCUGUGCUGAACAACGUCGGCGUGGCCAACAUCCACCUCCCCGAGUUCAUCAUGCCCAGCGCAGAAGAGCCCGUCCAGCCCAUGGAGUACGCCAUCCCCAUCUCCUCCCUGCGCCUCGUCCACCCCAUCCCGGACCCCAAGACGGGCGCCCUCAGGGACGCCAUCAUCCGCGAGCUCGUGCCCCACAACAUCACCUUCGACCGCCAGUCCCGCUACGUCGGCUGGCAGCGCCUCGUCCCGGGGCUCAACAUCCAGAUCCCCUGGCCCAAGCGCGAAGCCCAGACCUACACGGACCACAAGUGCGACACGCUGCGCGUCGACGUCGAGCGCAAGACGUACGUGCCCACCCUGCUUAAGCCGCCCGUCCCCGCCGCCGUCAUCGACGAGCUGCGCAACCGCUACUCCAAGUUCCGCACCCGCCACGAGCCCGAGUACGUCGCGCGCAAGGAGGCCGAGGCCGAGGCCGCCGCCGCGCGCGCCGCGCUGGCGAGCACGAUGCGCACGCCGCUGCAGGAGUUCCACGCCGAGACCAAGAGGGCCCGCCUCGCGCGCGGCCAGCCCGCCCUGUCGGACGAGAUGCUCGAGCGCAUCGGCCAGGUCAUCGCCAGGAACAAGGAGAGGACGCUGGCGGCUGUCGGGGCGAGCGAGGUCGCUCCUCCUGCGACCUCUGCGCCGGAGUCAUGA